AUGCGAACCCAAUUUGCAGAGAAAACAGCGGAGAGCAAAUCGUAUAAUGAUUUGUUGAAUCACGUUGCCAGCUGCCACCCGCAGCUUGCAGCAGCCCAUGGUUUCAAGGCAGCACGCCAGGUCGUGGACGAACGCAGCGCCAUGCUUGUUGUCAGGUUGUCCACGAUGCCCACGAUCAAGAGUAACAAUGCUUUCACACUGUUGCAGAAUACUUGUGCCCAUGUGCACCGGCAGGCGCUGGCUUCUUCCCAGCUCUCGUUCUUUCGGCAGCACUUUCUUGACGCGGGCGCGCAGCCCGCGGACAUCGAGGCGACGUUGGCGAGCUCUGUGCACGUUUUCUCCUGGGGUUGGGACGAGACGGGGCAGAGGUUGUUGGCGCCCGCGAAGCUGGCGACAGGGAGGUUCAAAGGAGAGCAACACGGCCAGGGCAAGGUCACUGUCCAAGUCAUGGUGCAGCGUGGGAGCCUAAAGAAAUAUAAGUUCAAUUGCGACGCAGGUUACUUUGCUGUUGACGAGCCCUUCCUGGCACGGUCUCUUCUUCUUCGGCGGCAGCAUGCGGAUGCGCUUCUUGCGGCUGUUCUUGACCAGAUGCCUUGCGACCUGGAGUCCGAUGCAGAGAUGGCCAACAUGGCGUCUCAGUGCGACUAUUUCGUGCUGUCCUUCUGCACUGACCGGGCCAGCAAUAACAUUAAGGCCAUCGAGGUGAUGGGGCACAUGCUGAGGCGCCCCACCGUGCCCAGGAAUAUUCUGCCACAUUGGGAGCCCUGCGGAGCUCACGGGGUGGCGCUCGUCAAGAACAGGCCGAAAGCAGCGAAACACUUCCUCAGGGGAGCCAGCACAGUCAGCGCGUUAACUCGCCAGUGGAGGUUUGCAUCUGCCUUGCGGGACGAGGUCGUCCAGGUAACGGGGCGGCGCGUUCGCGUCGUCCGAGCGCCCAUGCCAGACCGCAUCUUCGAUAAUAACAUGCGUAUACUAUCCAUGUUGCUCGGGGGCAUGGAGGCCGAUUUCAUGCGCGCCAAGGAUCGGACGGGGCAUCGAGUGCAGAAGGUUUUUCGGCAGGAGUUGGAGGACCUGGCGAGAUCCCACGAGCUCGGUGCAAGUGACUCGAGUGAAAUAUGCCAUUGGUGUCACGUUUCCGAUGGUACCCCCGACGCCGAGGACUUGCCCCGUGGCGGUCCGUGUUGCCGCGACGAGAACGAGCAAGUUGGCAAGCUGAUCGUUCCGAUGCUCAAUUUGCUGCUCAACCGCCCCUGGACUCGAGAGGUCGGCUCUCGCUGGACGUGGGUGCUCACGACUCUCAGGAAGUGGGCGCUCGGCAAACUCUGUUCUGGGUUGAUGCCCCAGGCGUUGGUGAAUCUUCAAAUCUCUUGGAGGGCCCACGACGGAUUGGAGGCAACGCUGGAACGACUCAUCGCUGCCGACAACGGCGACUUCCACUCCCAAUCCAAGCUUCGUUUACUACGAGUCUGCCGGCUGUUGUGUCAAUCUCAUGUUGGGUGGCAGAUCGGCAUCAUUAUCCAGUCCCUUGGGAAGGUGGACGCACUCCUCUACAAUAUUCUGGGCGACGGCACCCCUGGUAGCAGAGCCACCCUCAGGGACCUCUUGCGAGAGAAGGACUCGUUGCUGAGCGCCUGCCAGCAGGACUUGAUGCUCGGCCUCCAGGAGCGGAGCAAUCGCCACUGGUUGCUCUUCGAGGCGCUCGGGGGCGAUUUCGCGUCCGACGAGGCAAGGCAUUUCUGUCGUCAGCAGUGCUUGCAGCUCGGCGCAGCUGCGUGCGAUCACUUCGAGAUGCAGUUUGAGAAGGGCCCGUACACGUUGGCGAAAAUAGGCGAUCCACACGUGCCGCUCGUUCGCCAGGAACAAAUCGUCCAGGACAUCUUCGACGCACCGUCGCACUGCUUGCCGGCGUCCCUCCGCUCUUUGCGCGCUCUGUGUCCCAGCAAACCCCAGAUGAUGGUCGACGCGCAUCGCUUCAUCGAGGCAUUGAAUGCCUGCCCGAUUGCAAUUGACCACCUGGAGAGGGCGCGCGCCUCCCAGAGGGUGGACUUGAAGAGCAGUGGCAAGGGCAAAAGAUUCACGGGCUCCUCCAACAUAUGUUUCUGUCGCGAGGCGCGCGCGUCUCACGAGGAGCGGACUGGCAUUGACGUCUCCAAAGCAGCUUGCAAGACUGCUGGAGCCGCCGCCUUGCAGGGCGCCCCGCCCCCGCCAGAGCCCUCGCGCAGGCCGGGCGGGAACCCGUAUUUCAGUUUCCGUAAUUCCAAGCUCAAGGCAUUCAAGCGAGUGCACGCCCGCGACCGCCCUCUGACCGACGCCGCGUUGGAGACCGUCGAGGCGCGGCGCUUCGCAGAGUGGGUGUCCGCAAGUGAGCAGACGAAGAGUUCCUGGCGAAGCAUCUGGUUGGGCGAGGUCGCAACUCGUCGGGGGAAGCGACUAGCCAUUGCCGACGGCGGGGGGCCAGGGGCGUCUGCCAUCUCGCAGUCGACCAGGGGGCUGCGGGGAGGCAAUUUCACACAUGCUUGCGUGGACCCAUCAAGUGUUCUUGCUGCUUACAACAGCGUCGACUACAAAACACGUCGCCGACUGGCGCUUGAGGAUCCGCCCCUCUUGUUCGAGGCCCCAUUCAAGCCCAGGGCCUCGGCUUUGCCAGACGACCACCUAUCCGUGCUCGGGUGCAUCUACAACAAGAAGAACGUGUGCAGGCACGCUAUUGGACCAGAGCUGGCUGCUUCCAUGGAUGCUUUGUGCACUCGGCUGAACCGCUGGGUCGACGGCAUCGGGGCUGCGGCCGUUGGUUCCACCAAACAAUUACUGUGGUUGAGAGCCGACCAGCCCGACGAUGGACAACCUCGCGAUAUGGCAGUUGUACUAGUGGAUGCUCGUUACGGACCGAAGAUGCAGAUGUUCGCACGGGUGGUGCUUGAGCAUGGCAGCAGCAAGGUGCACGAGGUCUUCCACAUGCCAGAUUUCCCUUGCGUUCUGAAGGUGGCCGUCGACUGCACUCGCCUGAGCGAGAUGUUUCAGGGGGUCCGGUACGCCACGUCCGAUGAGAUUUGUUUGCAGAUGGCGACGAGUGGUGCCCAGCGCUGGAGUAUCAUCCCUUUGACGUGGGAUUUCCCAGCAGAGUACCCCGAGUCGCUGUUGUACAUGCGAGUCGCCGCAGCUGGUGACCCCAUCGCGGUUGCGCCCCCGACUCAGAAGCGACCCAGAGCGGCGGCGGCGGGGCCAGAGAUGGACGCCUUGGACCAGCUCGGCGCGGGCGACCCCCUCGCCAUGGGCAUGGCCACGGGUGCGCGCCAGGCUGGCUUGCAUGCGGCGCACGUCGGUGAUCGUGCCCAUGGCGUUGGGCCCGUCGCCGACAAGGACCUGGCCCCCAUGCCGUCGGACCUGGCGGAAAUCCUCAGCGAUGAUGCUCGCCUCGAUGCCAUGCCCCGUGACCUCGUCGCUGCCGUUCUCGACGCAGCCUCGGAGGGCGCCGCGUUCGGCGCGGCCGACGACGAGGAGCAAGGGGAUGCCGAUGAGGAUGAGGACGUUGGACAUGAUGCCUUGGGGGACGCUGUAGCACAUGCUGAGCAAGAAACCUCGGGGCCGACAGGCCCGCCCACGUUCGCUCAGUUCAGGGAAGCAGCAGUGAUAUCUCCUGGGGGGCAUGUAGGCUGCGGCCUCGCUCCUUGGAGCCACAGGACUUCAAUCGGUGUGAUCACGACGUGGCCUAGAGAGAAGCCUCUCGACAGCAGGAGCGUCAGCGCUAGUUGUUACUGUCAUCCGCAAUUCAAAACGCCAGCGCGGAUGAGGCGGGCUGUCUCUGACGAAGUUUUCCUUGCCUGGUUUUACGAAGCGGUCAUCGAGGCAGAUGCCGUCGGUGACCGCCGCCGGGAGUUGGCGCGGCAACACAAAGCUACGUUUGCAGAGAUCGAGGCCAGGUUCAAAGCCGCAUCAUAA